CACAUAUUAAUCUCUCUUUUUCAAACUACAUCCUUCCCUCUCAUUCUCCUUCUCUACAGCCCAGUCCAAUUCCUAGUCCUGUUCUUGGUGGGAGGCCGAAUGCAAGUCAGUCCCUGUUGGCCUGGUGCCGUGAGGUAACGAAAAACUAUAGAGGCGUCAAAAUCACCAACUUCACCACUUCCUGGAGGAACGGACUGGCAUUCUGUGCCCUGUUACACCACUUCAGACCAGACUUAAUUGACUACAAGGCUCUCAAUCCUCAAGAUAUUAAAGAAAACAACAAAAAGGCAUAUGAUGGCUUUGCCAGUCUGGGAAUCUCUAGGCUUCUGGAGCCAUCUGACAUGGUUCUGCUGGCAAUCCCGGAUAAACUGACGGUGAUGACGUACCUGUAUCAGAUCCGGGCACAUUUCAGCGGUGAAGAACUCAAUGUUGUGCAGAUCGAAGCCAACAGCAGUCGUAGCACAUACAAAGUUGGAGACUUCGAAACAGACACAAACAGUUCUAUCGACCAAGACAAGUUCUACGCUGAACUUAACGACAUUCACCCUGAGCCCACUAAUCAGGGUGCUGCCGAAACCAAUGGUGGCCAUGCUGUUAAAGAAGAGCAGGAAGUGAAGUCAGUCAUUACAGGCGGAGGAUCUGGUUCCCUAUCCACCUCCCCAGGGGAAGUUCUAAAAGAUGUAGCUCCUUCUUUACGGGCGUCUACGACAGACCAUGACUUUUCAGCAGCUCCAACCGUCACUGAUCCUCACCUACGACCCGCCCAAAGCAACAGAACCAUCCUGGAGACCACCACCAGCCAACCUCCCACUGCAGAACAGAAAAAACUCCUCAAAGCUGAUACACUGGACAUGGGGGACCUGUCUCACAGGCUGGAGAGAAAAGAGGAGAGCGGGCAGUCGGGUGGGUUGACCGCUGCUGACACCAGAGACUCCAGGGAGCAGCACGAGACCCCACACCCUGGCGAAAGACUAACUGAAUCUGGCUCACCCAGGUGGCAGACCGGGUCUUCUUUAACAAACACGCACAAACUGGGCUUCACAUAUAACAGAGACACUGAUCUUAUCAAGAAGAAGAGAGCAAGUUUGCGCCACUCUGAAUCUGACAGCACCUCAGACAGCAGUGCCCAGACCAACCACACACACACACCCGCUAAACUCACACAGGAAGUUGUACCUACCGCAGUGUCUAACACCAGUGAAGAGAAGAAGGUUCUGUCUCGUCAAGAGGAGCUGAAGGAGAGGGCCAGGCUGCUAUUGGAACAGGCCCGUAGAGAUGCUGCCAUGAAGACUGGACACAAAAGCACCACUAAUGCACAGUCACCCACACACACUCCACAGAUUAUUGAUGAGCGUGAUGAAGAGCGGCGCAGGCAGCUGCGAGAGAGAGCCAGGCAGCUGAUAGCAGAGGCUCGAUCUGGAGUAAAGAUGGCUGAACUGCCUCUCUAUACUGACUCCACCUCUAUUGCCUGUAGUGCAGCUGGCAACAACUUAAAAGGAAGGUCAAAGACAGCUGGAGACAUGAUGGAUGGGAUAAGUGUGGAGGGUGAGGAUGAGGAGAGCAGGAGUGAU